AUGAAAUCUUUAAAAUAUAUUUUUCAUUCAACAACAAUAUGUCGAAUGCAAACAUAUAUUUUUUCUUCUCAUCAUCGAUAUUUAUCUACAAAGAAAGAAAAUAAUACAGAAUCUAACACUGAAAUAGGUCCAUCAGCACCUGAACUUCAAAUAAAUAAUCUCACUGGUGAUCAUGAACAUAUUGUGGAAAUUGCUCUCAAUAGAGCUGAACGACGUAAUGCUCUUGGUAAACAAUUACUCAGUCAGUUGGAUGCAACAAUAGACAGUGUAAAAGAUAAUAAUAAAAUUCGAUGUGUACUUUUUCGUAGUUUGGUUCCAAAUGUAUUUUGUGCUGGUGCUGAUUUGAAAGAACGAUUAGAUAUGCCUCAAGAAGAAGUAGGACCAUUCGUAUCAAAAAUUAAAGAAAUAUUUUCUAAAAUAUUCGGUCUACCAAUACCAACCAUUGCAGCACUUGAUGGUUUGGCACUUGGUGGUGGACUUGAAUUAGCCUUAGCAUGUGACAUUCGUAUAGCUGCACAUACAGCUAAACUUGGUUUAACAGAAACUAAACUUGGUAUUAUUCCUGGUGCUGGUGGUACUCAACGUUUACCUCGAUUAAUUGGUCCAUCAAAAGCUAAAGAACUUAUUUAUACAGGACGAAUUUUAACUGGACAACAAGCAUAUGAAAUUCGUUUAGUUAAUGAAGUUGUAAAACAAAAUGAACAAUUAAAUGCAGCAUAUCAACGUUCACUUGAAAUAGCACAUGAAAUUGUUCAACAGGGACCAUUAGCUGUUCGAAUGGCAAAACAAGCAAUUAAUAAAGGUCUUGAAGUUGAUCUUCAAACAGGUCUUGAUGUUGAAGAAGGUUGUUAUGAUACUGUAUUAACAUCUGAAGAUCGUAUUGAAGGUUUAAAAGCUUUUCAAGAAAAACGAAAACCUAUUUAUAAAGGUGUUUAA